AUGCCCGAACCAAAAUAUGUUAUUGCUAUGGGAGCAUGUACAAUUACCGGAGGGAUGUUCAGUACCGAUUCUUAUAGUACUGUUCGGGGAGUCGAUAAGCUAAUCCCCCAUGGGCCCAAGUACUCUGGCUCUCAUAGCCGCGGAAGAAUGAACCGAAGGAUUCAAACGUGGAGUUUUUUCCCACUUAUGUACUGGAGCAAUACGAUAUUGAGCAGGAUUGCAAGCACUAUUAGGGUUCCUAAGGUGACGGAUGGGUUGACUCCGCAACGAAAGCGUAUCUCCUUUGCCCUGGUUGAAGCAAAGGUGUUUGAUAAAUUGCCUGACUCAGUUGAGCUCCAAAACCCUAUUAAUGGUGUGAUUUUCAAACACCGGUUUGUCCGUAUCUGUGUCGAGGAGGAUCUGCCUCUUUUGACUAAAGUCAGAGUGGGGAGUGCACCAGCUUGCGAUCCAGCCCUUUCCUUUGCCGAUCUCCUCGCUCAGUAA